GCCGCCGCCGCCAUGGGCAGCUGAAGCCGGCGCCGCUGCCCAUGGGCUGCGCUGGAUGCAUCGCCUGGAGCGGAGCCGGGCCCGGGCGCACGCGUGAGGCUCGGCCGUGGUGACCCCAGCAGCGCACUCAAACGCUUGGACCAUGUUGGCCUGUCUGCAGCGAACCCAGAACCCCCCGGCGCAGCACCUGGCAUGCCCCAGCAAGACCCUGGAGCCACGGAAGUGUAAGUGCCCCAGGCCCUGCAGGGUGGCACGCAGCCAAUGGGCACGGUAUUCUAUCCCCCACCACGGUGAAACAGCAGUCUCCAUGCAUUCCCCACGCUACCCCAGCCCGGCUGAACUGGACGCCUAUGCACAGAAGGUGGCUAACAACCCCUUAACCAUCAAGAUCUUUCCCACCAACAUCAGGGUCCCGCAGCACAAGCACCUUAACCGGACAGUCAAUGGGUACGACACCACGGGGCAGCGCUACAGCCCGUACCCCGUGCACGCCGGUGGCUACCAGGGCCUCCUGGCCAUCGUGAAGGCCUCCAGCAAAAGCGUGGUGAAGAACGUGGAGGGCAAGCGGACUAAGAUGUCCCCCGCGCAGGUGGGUGUCGCCCCCUACCCAGUGUCAAGCACUUUAGCUGCAGGCCCCGCCUGCGCCGGGCAGUUGAAUUACCACGGGGCCCAGAAGCAGAUCGAGGCUCCAGUACCCCCGAAUGUGACUGUGGCGACGUCUGUGAUCCCGCUUGCGGGCCGGAGUCUGACGCUGCCACAGUCCAACCUGCCCUCGAUCCAGAGCAUCAUCUACCAGAUCAAUCAGCAGUGCCAGGCCCAGGGCUCCCAGCAGGCCUGCCAAGGCGUGGUGGUGACCAACCCCAGCCCGGCCAAGCACGGUGCCACCGCCAGCUUCGCCACUAUGGCAACAGCCGGCGCCGCCGUGGCCUACGCCGGCGCCCUCCUGCCAGAUUGCCGCAAGGGGGCCGACCUGGCCAUCGGGUCGAACCCAGCCCUAGCCAUGGGCCCCAAAGCGGCCGUCUACCCAGACGGCAUGGAUUACCUGCUGUGGCAGCAGAAGCAGCAGCAGCUCCGCAUGUACAGCGGGGGCAGUGGCGGGGGGGGUGCCGUCAGCAAGUCUCCGGAGACAUGUGUGGGGGUGUCACGGCCCUACAGCCUGACAGGGGCAGCGGAGAAGGUGAGCUCGUCCCCGUUGAACUGCGUGGGGAUGCACGGCAACUUCUCGGUGGGGCAGUACUUUGCGCCCCCCUGGAACAGCAUCCUGGUCACCCCCAACAGCGACUGUUACAACCCCCCCGAGCUUGCCAACGGGCACCGCGAGCUCGCCGUGCACCCCUCAGACGGGCUGCCCAGCAAGACCCUCUGCAAUACCUCCAUCCUCAGCAGCAGCCUCCAGUCGCUGGAGUAUCUCAUCAACGACAUCCACCCGCCCUGCAUCAAGGAGCAGAUGCUGGGCAAGGGCUAUGAGACGGUGUCUGUCCCCAGACUCUUGGACCAUCAGCACGCCCACAUCCGCCUGCCCGUCUACAGAUAAGAGACUGCCGCUGCUUUCCAAACACAGGGCGCUGGUGGGAACGGGACUGACAGCCACUCUCCUCUCCAGCACCGCCAGGGGAUGUGAUGGAGCGAAGGCGAGGGAGGGGGGGUGGGCUUGGCUUGACGCGAGGGAAGGCCCAGGUGGGUCCCCCCCCACCAGAGACGCUGGAAUGCACUGGGGCCGUCGAACUGGACAUGCCCAAGACCCGCCGCAAGGCCGAGGAGGACGGACCGCUUGCUUACAUAGCUCAGAAAUCGUUUUCUUUCCACGAAUGUGAACAGGGAAUUGCUACACGUUGCUGCUAUCCAGGGAGAGAAGGCUUCACUCUGUAUGUGUGUGUGAGUGUGCGUGUGUGUGCGUAUGUGUGCACGUGUGUGUGUGCGCGUGCCAGCCAGAGUAGCAUGGUGGGAGAGAGCCUCGAAUCUGGUCCUACACUGAGGUCCGAUGAGAGUUUUAGAGAGAGAGAGAGAGAGAGAUGGUCCCAGCCCUCCCCUGCCCCCGGUAACUCCAUGCAGCUUGGUCACAACCAGAAAGAGCUAAUUUUGCCUAAUUCCUAGUCGAAGUCCGUAACUUGCACUGCUUUGAGUAAAGCUACCGAUCUGGGGACAGUCUGGAGGCUAUUUAAGUAAAGAGGAAAAAAAACACUUGAAAACUUGAACAGAUUAUUUUUGAGUUGAAGAUACUGUACAUUUUCUGUGUUGGCUGCUACAGGAAGAGUCUCCUCCUCCCCUUCCCUCACCCCGCCCUGCCCCAGCCCGCGCCGCUUGGGCCUAGUCCGUUACUUUAACGAGCCCCUGAGUUUUUGAUGCUUUUCUAACCGGACCCAUUCCCUCGCCCGGUUGUCGGCACCGCAGCCGGAGAGCGGCGCCAAGCUAUGGAGCCGGGGAGCAGGCUCUACGUUUAAGGAUAUUUUACCCUCCUCAUUCUUCUUGCAGGUUUUCCAAAUAUGCCCAUACGCCCAGCCCAACCCCGCCCCGGGUAGAGAGACAGCCUGAGAGGACAAAAGCGAGAGGAACAGAGGGCAGGCAAAUUACCUACAACAGAUCCCACACUUGGACCCUGCCUCCCUUUUGUAAAAUGCCCAGGCCCCCAUCCCCACCCCACCGAAGGAAAGAAGCUGGGGGUCCCCUCCCUUCCUCACCGUCAAGCCCACUUGUCCCCGGCUGCUCAUCCCUUUCUCUCGAAUCCGGCUGCGCACAAAUGUAGACCCAGCUGAGCACACGAGAAGCAAUUUCGGUUUGAUCACCCCGAGACGAAUGCAGAGCCAUUGCGGGGCGCGGGGGCACUCAGAGGGGGUGUCCCCCGUGUCCACUGCCUCUCCUGCCCCCUCCCAGCCAGACCCAGUAACAGGAACGUUUCUCAAUGCCGAGAUUUCCAAGAUCUUGCUUUCUUUUUCUUUUUUUUACUGUCAACGAUACCUUUGUUCUGUUUUAGAGACAACUUGCAGGUGAAGCGUUGUAGACUCCCAUUUAACGAUGCAUCUAGCCAUUGUACCAGGUUGUAAUUUGCAUACUUUAUGUUCUUUUUUUUAAAGAAAAAAAGCAGUUCCAAAACGUUCAUUAUGGUCUGUUACGUGGUACAUGUAAUUAUGUGUUUAAUAGGAUUUAUUCAUUUAUAAAAGGAAAAAAAAACCGGCAGUUCUGCAUUACCAGAAAACACCAAGUUUUUUCGAUGUUUCAAAGGAAAAAAAAAGCUACCCCCAAGAAAACCCAACAUGAUUGUGCUCAGAAAAGAGGUACUGUAUCCUUAAAAGGCCUGUUCAAGCACUAAGUGCAUUUACAAAUCUCUGAGAAUGUUUUUUUUAUACUAAAAUUGACCAUUAUAUUCUACUGUGAAAAGUGCUGUCUGCACUAGAUUGUUUUAAAAAUGAGAGAAAACAACAAAAAAAAAAAAAAAAGAGAGAAAACCCGCAAGCUGUGUGUCCGGAUGUUGUUUUUCCCAAAGUAAAACCAGGCUAUCAUUGGA